ACCGCCGCCGCCGGAGAAACGAAUAACAAGAUGAGGCUAUUAACCCACAACAUGCUCUCCUCAAACAUCAAGGGAGUAAUCAAUGGCUUCCCUCUCCUAAUCGAAGCAGAAAGAGUCGUCGAGAAGCAAGUCGAUUUCAAUCUUGAUUUCCUCAAGAAUAUGUUCUCCAAGAUCGAUUGGAAAGCCCUAGCCGACGCUUCAAAGACCAUGGGAUACGAUGAACUCCCUGACGAAGUCCCCGAUCCUUCGGUGCUCGAUUCUCAGGAGUUCUUGCAGAAGUUCCACCAUGCACUCCUAGAGCUUCACCUCGAGGAAGGCGCGCUCGUUUACCCGGAGACUGGUCGAAGGUUCCCUGUUAAUAAGGGAAUACCUAAUAUGUUCCUCCAUGAAGAUGAGGUCUGA